AAAUUCACUAUAAAAGUGUGAACACAGAGUUCAGUUUAUCCUUUGAAUAACAAACAUUGGUCAUGAAUUUCCGAUAUGAGUUGAGGUUGGCUAUUAUAUGAGCUGCACCAGUCCCAAAGGCAUCCUGUUGUCCCUUCUUGUCGUCCUUAUUUCGGAAUAUUGCCCCUGCCAAUUGGAGGAAUUUGACAGCACCCCCAACACUAUCACCUUCCACCUGCUCACUUAUGGCCAGUGGAGCACCAUCCGGAGUGUUCUGGAGGAUAUUUUUGUUUGGCUUUAUUCAAAUCUUUGUGCAUCCUGCAUCCAAUCCAGAUCAGUUGAGACAUCAUACGUUGCUCUUCCUCAGGAUCUCAGCCUGCUCCACCUCUGAUAAUGAACUCCAACUGCAUCCACCACCCUCUACCUGUGACAUGCUGUGCUCUAGCUCCUUUCGGGUGAUCGUGGUAGCAAUACACUUUGCCUGAGC